AUGAAAAUUUACAUGAAGUCAACAGUUGAUUAUAUUUCAAAAAUAAAUUUGAGAAAGCGUAUUUCAAGACAAAAAGCUAAAGAAUUUUUGCCAAAUAGUCCUGAUUUUUUUGCAGAACUAACAUUAGCAUAUCGAGAUAUGGAUUAUGAAUUGACAAUGUUUAAAGAUUUAUGUCAGUUUUAUGAAUACAUUUGUUUUUUAGUAGAAGAUAAUAAUACUAUCAUCCAAUAUCACUUACAUGUCGGUGAGGUUGUAACAGUAAUAUCUGAAAAUAAUAGUCAGAAUUUUGCAAUCCUAAAAUCAAUUUUUAGUCAUCAAAAAAGCAAUCAAUGUUUUGCUUUUAUUAUUGUUGACUGGUUUGAAAUUACUAAUCAAACAAAGGUAGGAUGUCCUAUAUACAAACUAAGAAUUGAAAAUGAAGGCCAAUGA